AGAGUAUCCUGGAUUAUUCAGAUGUCCCCCCGGGCUGGCAGCAUCGAGGAAGAGGAAGUGUUCGUGCUGAGCACAAAUACCAAGAGUGUCCUUGGUCAAUAUUUGCAUCUCUCUCCACCAAGUCUGCUGUUUGCCUCAGCCAUGAUCUUGGGGGGCAGCUUCCAGAGCAGCCAUGGCUCGGGCAUGUGGGCUGGGCUUGUUGCUGCUGCUGCUGCCCACAGUUGGCGCCUCCAUGCCGGGCACUGUGGUCAGACUUGACAAGGCAGCACUGCGCUACGUGUCUGAAAUCGGAAAAGCCCCUCUCCAGUGGGCCCUGCGGGUCACUGUCCCGCACUUCCUGAGCCAGAGUGGAGAGAUGCUUCAACCCACCAGGAUUCAGAUUCUGAAUGUCCACGUGCCCCACUUCCACCUGGACUUCAUUGCCGGUUUCGGGGUGCACUUGCUGGCAGCAGCCAAUUUUACUUUCAAGGUCUUCUGGGACCCCGAGCCCCUGGGGCUGAUGCUGCCCGUGGUGCUGCUGGCUGACGCCCGCGUGGCCCAGGGCUCCAUUGGGACCCCCGUGGUCAGCAUCUCUUCCUGCAACUCAUUCUUCGGCAACACCAGCACGUUGGAUGGUGGCAACAGCUCCUCCGCUGCGCUGCUGGCCCUGUUGCAGGAGCACAUUAAAGCUGUGCUGAGGAACAAGCUGUGCCUGAGCAUCUCCAACCUGGUGCAGGGCCUCAACGUCCACCUGGGCACUUUAAUUGGCCUCAACCCUGUUGGUCCUGAGUCCCAGAUUCGCUACUCCAUGACCGAUAGGCCCCACAUCACUGAUGACUCCAUUUCCCUGGACAUCAACGCUGUCCUCUUCCUCCUGGGCAAACCCAUCAUCCUGCCUGUAAACGCUACCGCCUUCGUGUUGCCGCGGCAUGUGGGCACUGAGGGUGCCGUGGUCACCGUGGGCUUCUCCCAGGACCUGUUUGACUCUGCCUUCCUACUGCUGCAGAAGGCCGGGACCCUCAACCUGGACAUCACAGGGCAGCUGAAUUCGGAGUCCAACCCACUGAACACCUCCGUGCUGGGCCAGCUCAUCCCCGAGGUGGCCAGACAGUUCCCUGAGCCCAUGCCUGUGGUGCUCAAGGUGCGGCUGGGUGCCACCCCUGUGGCCACGCUCCACACCAACAACGCCACGCUGCGGCUGCAGCCCUUGGUGGAGGUCCUGGUCGCAGCCUCCAACUCAGCUUUCCAGUCCCUUUUCUCCCUGGAUGUGGAAGUUAACCUGAGCCUCCAGCUGUCUGUGUCCAACGUGAAGCUGCAGGGGACUGCGUCCGUGCUGGGAGAUGUCCAGCUCACUGUGGCCUUCUCCAACGUGGGCUUCAUUGACGCCCAUCAAGUGCACCUACUCAUGGGCACCGUGUUUGAGAAGCCCCUGCUGGACCACCUUAAUGCUCUCCUGGGCGUGGGAAUUGCUCUCCCCAACCUGGUCAACCUCCACUACGUCACCUCCAAGGUCUUUGUCUACGAGGGCUACAUCGUGGUGUCCGGUGGACUCUUCUACCAGAGCUGAGGCGGGGCCGCUGGGAGGGCUGGGGGUGGGCCAGCUUGCUGCUCAGGGGGCCCUCGUACCUCAAGCCACUCAGGGAACUGAGGCGUCACCAGCCAGCCCCGACGGCCCAGCUGGGCUGCUGAAUCGGCUCUGAGUGCCUGGGUUCCUGCACUCA